UUGUUAUUCAUAAUAACAUUUAAUUAAUAUAUUAAAGUCUACGCAGUAUUUACAAAAUGAACAAAUUCGUAUUAUUGUGACAGUGUGUGGUGAUGUGAAGCUUACCAGUCCCAAUUGAAGAAUGAGGCAAAGCAAAGAAGUCUCUAUUUAAAUAUUUGUUGAAAUUCAUUUUGUUGUCUGUUUGGUGCGCUACACACAUACGCUCAUACGUAUGUAUGUAUGUACACAUUUGUAUUUAUAUCAUCAAGGAAGGCACCGAUAGCCCGAUACUACGAUAUCGAUAAGCAAACGUAGCUUAGCACGCAUCUCUAAACGAAACUAAUUCGGCGACAAUUUUUUUUUGUUAAUUGGGGAGAGGAAAAAUAUCACCUAAAAUUCAAUCAGUGCAGUGAGUUCCCAAGAUAAUCAGUGUGCCAAGCUAACAUAUUGCCAACAGAGAUUUCUAGCAAAAGUGGGAGCGUGGUGGGAGCACAAUGAGUGUGUUGGCAUAUCCACGUACAAAUGAUGAGGAGAUUUUUCGACAGUGCACAAAGGAUUGUGGCGUUGUGACGGCCACGGAGGACUUUCAGUAUUUCGCCUUGCGCUGCAUUUUCUGCAGUGAGAAGUUUCUCUACUUCGAUGCAUUCAUCGGUCACAUGCAAACUGUGCAUCUCGAAGAUGCAGCCCAUCGCAGCAACAGCAGUUCUGGCUACAGACUGGGCCUGGGGUUGGGAUUGGGCUUGGGCCAACCUAUGUCCAUAGGCCUAGACGAUGCUGAUGGUGAUGGCGACGACGAUGAUGACGGCAGCGGCUUAGGAGGGCGACAUGGUUAUGGCAACGGAAGCAGCUUAUUGCAACAGUUUGAUGAGAUUGAAGACUUGACCGAUGCGGACACUGCGCUGCUUGAGCCACAAAUGGUCAUCAAACAGGAGCUGCAAGAGCUAGACAGCAGCGACAAUGAUAACGACCACGAUAAUGACAACGAGAACGAUGAUGAUGCCGUAAAUGACGACAAUCUACUGCCCGCCGAUGACACUGAUAAUGUGGACGACGACAGCGAAGCAAUUCUGCCCGAGAGUGAUCUCUCAAGAGCCAACAUCAGAUCCCGCAUGAAAUUGGCUGGACCACCGCCAUACCUGGGACGGCACGGCAGUGGCUCUAAUGUGGUCGAUGUGAAGAACGAGCCGCUGACAGCCGACGGCGAUGAUUCGAUGGAUGAAUAUGAUCAUAACUAUUUGAAUGACAAUUCAAAUGAGUAUCCUGACUACAAUCCCAGCAGCUAUAAUGCAGGACAUGGUAACAACAGUGCAGCUGGUGGCGAAUCUGAUUUUCUCAGCUAUGAUGAAAUGGUGGAGGAAUCUCUGUUAGGCCGCGAUCGGGAGCUGACCAUGCACAUCAAGGAUCGCAAGAUGAUACAAUUCCUGAUACACUCUUACAAGCGCAAUCCCUUUCUGUGGGAUCACAGUCAUGCCCAGUUUCGGGAUCGCGUGAAACGCGCUCGCUUCCUCGACUGGAUUGUGCUCGAGUUUAAGAAUCGCUUUAACAUCUCACUGGCCAAGGAUGCGAUCACAAGGAAAUGGGACAAUCUGCGCACUGUUUACAAGCGCGAAUGCAAUCGCAUGGCUCUCGAGAAGACGAACAUCAGCACUCUCUGGUAUUUCAAGGAGUUGCAUUUUCUUAACGAACUUUACAGUUACAACUCGAAAAUGUCCGACGCCGUUGUCAAGGAAACCUCAUACAGACGACGCUUUUCGGCCAUAUGGAACGAUACCUCCACCGCCAAACUGCUCGUUAUGGUUAAGCGCUAUCAGUGCUUCUACAAUCGCUUCGAUCCCGACUAUCGUAGCAAGGAGCGACGUGGCGAGGGGCUGCAACAAAUGGCCAUGGAAUUGCAGCAGCUCAUUGAUGUAACCACCAUACAAAUCUCGAAACGUAUCUCUCAGUUGCGCUUUGAUUACUCCAAACAGAAGAUGGAACGUUUGAAUGCCGAGCGCAUGGGUCGAAAAUUUAUACCGAAUUACAUUUACUACGAUCAAAUGCACUUCAUGGACGAUGACAUUCCGCCAUUCAAGUGCGAACAUUGCGGCGAAAUAGUGCAAACGUUGCGGGAACUUGAUCUGCAUAUGCUCAGCCAUCAGCCAAGUCUGGGCGGCAGUUACUAUUGCAAUGUGUGCAACAUUCAGUUCAACACUGGCGAAGAGUUUGAGAACCACAAGCAACUACAUUUGGGCGCGGGCAACGAAGUCAAAUAUAAUUGCGAGUUGUGCACGGCCAGUUUUCGCGAGAAGUCCAAUUACGAUGAGCAUUUGAGACGGCACAACGAUGAGCUAUUCCUGCCCACAUUGGCACUGAAUCACAGUAUACUCGAUAGCGGCAGCGGCGAUACAGAUGCUGCUGGCGGCGGAGCUACUGAUGUUUCCCUGGUGGGCGACGACGACGAACUAUUCGUCGGGGAUGGAUCGAAGCCAUUUCCCUGCGAGGUUUGUCAUCGCACGUUUGCAUCGCCGGGACACUUAAAUGCGCAUCGGGUGGUGCAUCAGGAUGAGCGAGAGCGAUGCUACAAAUGCGAUUAUCCGCAGUGUAGUAAAUCGUUUGUCUCGCGUCACAGUCUCUUCGAUCACUUGAAGCAACACUACAGCAACGAGGAGUUCAAGUGCGACAUUUGCGGCAAGAGCUUCAAGUCCACCAAGAAUCUACAGAAUCACAAACAGAUACACGACAAGGUCAAGCGCUACGUUUGCCAAAUAUGCGGCUCGGCAUUCGCCCAAGCCGCUGGCCUCUACCUGCACAAGCGUCGUCACAAUCGUCCCAAUGGCAGCACCGGCGCCGUCGGUGGUCGCUCCAGUCGCACCACACUGUGAGCCAGCCACCCGCUGAUAUAUAGUAAAGAAGAUCAAUCAACAGAUCUAAGUUAUUGCAGCUAUGCAUUUCCCCCACCCCUAAGAAAUGAAUGACACAUCCACAAGCUAUGUUUAUAUUUUUUUUGUAACGAUUAUUAUAAGUUGUAUUUGAGUUGUAUACAUUUAACACAGCUGUACUUAAGCUUCUACGUAUUUUACAAUCAAACUAAAAUUGUCCGUAACUAAGCCAAGAACUUUAAUAUGUAGAUAUAAACAUUACACAUACGCACUAUAUUUACUGAUUAUUGUAUUCGUGAAUGCAAUAUAUGUAAAAACAAAAAGAAAAGAAAAGA